AUGUCCACCAUAACACGAAGUGUCUCGGCGCCACUGCGUCCUAGUCGCUAUACUUCCGUCCUAGAGAGUGCAUUAAUCAGUGUUGGUCGAGAAGAUGCUGUUGUGAAUUCUACACGUAAACCACAGAGAAAGAAUUGGUGUUUGAAUCGAUCGAGAAGUCCCAAUAGAAGACUAGAUCACGCAUGUAGCGUCCCUGCUCAACGUUCUGAUGGUAUAAGAAUACAGGAGAGAGGAGAUGAUGAUGCAGAUGAAGAAGAAGAAGAGAAAGAUCCGUUUAAACAGUUGAUUUUGUUGAAAUUGCAGAGAAAAACGAAGAGAAAUUACAGAAAAGAAGAAGAAAAUGAGAAGAAGAAGAAGAUGUUGGAGACUGGAGGAACGUCUUGUCGUGCUGUGGCAAGAAGUAUACGAAAGAUGAAGAAAGAUGAGAGAAUUUGUCGAAAUGGUGUAUUGGAAAAUGUUGGAAGAACGUCGAUUACUAGAUCAAUGAUAAAACAAGAGAAGAAGGAAAAGAAAAAGUGGAAACGAAGCAGUCUUGAGAUGAUGGAAGAUCGAGUGAAGUGUCAGGAAGAAGAAGAUGAAGAUGAAGAAGAUGAUGAUCAUGUGGUGAUUCAGAAGAAACUGUUUCAAUCACCAAAGAGCAAGAAAAUGGUGAAAAAGCAAAAUGAAGAAAAGACAAGAGGGCAGAAAAGCAAAAAAAUGGUAGUAUUGAAACAUUGGCGAGUGGAAUGGCCACCAGCGCUUGAGACAACUGGAAAAAGUAACGUAGAGAAAGCAACUCUAGUGUUGAUUGGACAAGUGAAUGGCAAAGUAAAACGCUUUAUCGUUGGAAAGCGUGAGGGAUCGAUGAGCUUUACGUCCAAGAAUGGCGAAAACGUGAUGUUAUCGGGCAAAUUGGACCGAAAGGCUGCAAAAAGUGCUGGUAUUCCACGUGCGGCAGUGGAGUUGCUGGGUGUGGGCAUUCCGGCGUAUUUUAGUAAACGUUUACUCCCUUAUGCGCAGAAGUUAUGUGAUAACAUAAAAUACGACAAGACGGGAUGGAAGACAAAGUCAGGGAAGAUGAAGAAGAUAAUUUGUGCCGAUACAAGCCGUUCACCGCUGCCUUUGAUAGAUGAAGAAGUCCAUCGUGGGAUUGAAGCCAUUAUUGCCUCAACGUCGGCCAAAGUCGGCAAGGUGUGCAGCAUUCCGAAGCAGAAGAAGAGCCCAGCCGUUAUGAAGAAUAGAAGAAAGGUUGUGAAGAAGGAAGAGCCUGAGCCUGAAUCAGAGGGGGAUGUUUGGACAAUGGAGCAGCAAGCAGCUUUGAUGGAUGCCAAGCUCAAGAUUCCAACGACUGCCCCAAACUUCUGGGCGCAGGUGGCACAGCAUGUGCCAGGAAAGUCGGCAAAAGACUGUCAAGCCAAGACUUUUGAACAGUUUAGGUCCCCGCCAACAAAUCGAAAAGCAAAGAAGCCACUCAAACGAGCAAGCACCAAACCAUACUCAGCCGUACCUACCAAGAUUGCCCGUGCUGGCUCAAACAAAUUUAAAAAGCAAGUACGCGAGUUUGUCGAAGAGUACGAAAAAAAGCACGUAGAUGACAUUUUCGAAACAACGCCAUCCAAGGAAGGUCUACCGGAGCUACCCGAGUUUGAUUCCAUCAAGUCACCUGAGCUCGGGACACCGUCUCAUAGCUUCGACGAUAACGACUCUGAAAUGGACGACGAGGCACCAGGACUGCUUAAGAAAUUGAGCUCACGCAGGCGGGAUGACAUCGACUCGUACGUACUGGGCAUCAAUCGCCUGCAUGUCGCAGGCGGUGGCGUGAUGGCUGGUGGCAAGGUGCGCCGUAUGACGUCAACUUUAACACCCGUGAAAGCAGCAAAAGCAAAGGCAACGUCUGUCAAAAAGAAAGCUGUGAUGCUUGUGGAAGAGGUUGGUUCACAUUCUUUAAAAGGCGUCAUGAGUCCAGGAGGAACAGCGUCUGUUCGCAUAGAGAAGGACGGCAGUUCGUCAGAGAGUGAAGAAGAUGAUUAUGACAGCAGUGAAAAAGAGGAAGACUUUGAUUUGCCUUGA